AUGCUACUGCUGCUGUUGCUGUCCAUCUCCGUCGGCUUGGGCGCCAAUGCUACAUCAAUUGACUGUGAUGUGGUAUUGGAUGGGGCAUGCCUCCUUAAUUCGACCCGGCCCAUCCUACCCAGUGGGGCUCAGCUUGUCUAUGAGGGCAAUGGCUCUGUGAGGUUUGUGAAUGCGACUUGGAAGUGCUCGGACACUCUGAUAGUGGUGGCAGCCAAUGCGGCCGUCGGGUUCACUAAUUCGACGAUCUCUGAUUGCUCGGUACUGGAGGUUGUGGCCCGUCGGGGCAACGUCACUCUGGAUGAGGCCUCCCUCCUGAAUGUGACAGCUACUGUCUUUGACGACUCUGUGGCUCGGGAGGAUACCGCCUCGGGUGGCAGUCUAGGAGGAGCGGGAGGGGCCCUGGGGCUCUGUGAUCGAGGGGAUCGGAUACGUGGUAUUGACUUCACGAAGAUGUCGGAGGACUUGGUGGGGGAGGGCACUGCUGCUGAGUGUAGGGGAGGAGGUAGAGUAGCUCUUGUCAGUGACGAAGGCUAUGUUGCCUUGGAGGGUCGAAUUGAGGCAAACGGCGGGAGAGCAGAUGCUAGGGUGAAGUGCGGUGGAGGUAGUGGGGGCGCGGUCUUGGGCAGUGGCGCACUGGGAGUUAGGGCUGGGAAGGUACAUGCUGUUGGAGGGGCCUGUGGUGGGGCGGUUGGGUGUGGUGGUGGAGGCCGAAUUCUCAUGACAAGUGAGAACGGUACUGUGUCUGUGGAGGAUGCUCAAGCCCAGGGGGGACAGGGGGAGAAUCUACUGGAUUGCCUCUGUGGUAGUCCUGGUACUGUCUACUUGAAGGGCUCUGGUGGGGCAUUGCUCACAGUCAAAGGAGGCCCGGCACCAUCUUGCCUUGAUGGUGGUGGUGCUACUGGCCGGGCAGAGGUGGCUAUUGCUGCCGAUCAAGGCUUAUCAAUCUCGGGCGGAGCGAAGUUGUCAGGGCCGCCCGGUAGCCCGUUGUCGAGCAUGGUCCUGUCUGUUGGUACCGUCGGUCUGAAGUUGGCCAAGGCCUCCUCGAUCACCACAGAGGGAUCGCUGAGUAUCUCGGCAGCAUCGGCAACGGGCACCAACGGUGGCAACGUCAUUGUGGAGAAGCACAGUGUGAUGGGUUGUGGCCCGGGGGGUAUGAAAAUAUCCACACAAGGUGAUGUUGAUGCUGGUGGCUCGAUCAUUAUCGGGGACGUCGCAGAUGACGCGGUCCUACCGGUCAACGCGGCUGGUCCUAUUAGUUUGUCCAAUGUGGUCAUCAGCGUGGAGGGUCGUACUGUGAUGGUAUCUGCUGGUCGAGGGCUCAGACUGGGGGAGGUCCAUGGGGCCUCUGCUGUGAGUGACUUCCGGACCGCGGAGGGGGAUGUUGUCAUUGUUGGCAACAUGUCUUUAGGGCCUGGCACUUACUGUGGGCAGCGAAAGCUAUGGAUCGAGAACCCGCCUGACUUUUGCAAGGCCAGUUCGGAGAGGCUGGGCAGAUUGAUGCCGACAAGGGUGGUUGUUGCCAGCGAGUCGGGCGGGAUCAGGUUCACGAGCACUGUUGUGGUCAGUGGCCCAGUGGUCAUGGUGUGCUCGCCCAAGGGAGCUCUUGAGUUGCCUUCCAAGGGUGGAAUAACCUCGAAGGGUCGAGGCUGCCCGGCAGGGGAAGGCCGUGGUGGAGGUGGUGGUGGUAGGGAUGGUCACUGUGGGGGAGGUGGCGGGGCUCAUGUUGGUUCUGGUGGUCCAGGGUGCAGUGGCAACCAGGGGCUGGCACACGAUGAGCAAGACCCCCUCGAGACUGGAGUCAUCCCCUCAGCAAGCGCCUCGGGGGGUGGUGGGGAGGAGGGCGGCUCGGGCGGAGGCGUGAUAUGGAUUUCGGCGGCACAGAUACGCAUCGAUGGUUAUGUGUCCUCAGCAGGGGCUCGUGGUGGCUGGACGGUAGGGGACACCUCGGGCAGCGGUGGUGGCGCUGGUGGCUCGGUCUUCAUCCUGACCAACGCCUCCCUCGCUGGCUCAGGGGUCAUUAGCGCUGCUGCUGGCAACGGUAGUGGCCCACCGGUCCUCAAGGGCGGUGACGGCGGUGGUGGCUAUAUCGGGAUCGGCUGGCUCGGUUCGGAAGUGGGGGCCGAUACAUUCACUGGUGAGCUCAACGUGAGCGGUUAUCAGCCGGGCCGCGUUGGGCAGAUCCUUCUGUGUCCAGCGGGCCACUACGGGCCACUAUGCGUCCCUUGCCCUGGAGGCACUUGGAGCGGCUCUGGUGGUCCCCAAUGUGACGUGUGUGACAAUGCCCCUCAAGGGGUCAGCAACUACACCAAGGAAGGGGUGGAUGGCCCUGACUGUCCUUAUGCUUGCCUGCCGGGUUACCCGGACGUGUCCCAGAAUCCGGCCUGCCUAAACCCAUGGCAGUACACCUUGUCCUUCAUUGGUGGUGUGCCGGGAGCCUUCACACUCCUCGUGGUGGUGUUGUUCGCCCUUCUGGCAGCUAUUGCUUCCUCAGAGAUACGUAAGCGAUCGCUCUAUGGUUCCGAGGAGGUGGUUGAUUCGGACGAAUGGAAGACUAUGACAGCUGAGGACAUCCCUCGCCACGUUGUCCGGCUUUACCUCAGUGGCAGUAACACCCCACGGGACCCCAUCGAGCUGCCUUCCUCGGUGGUGGACCUCCCGCGACCCGUCGCCGAGUUGGUCAAUCGGCGCUACUGGAGUACCUUCAGUGCCUCCAUCAACGAGCAGGGCAGGUGGGCAUCCUCUCCAAUGGUGAAUAUCUGGGGUCGGUGGACGAGCCUUGUACUCAGCAUAGUAUGUUAUCCUCUGUGGCGGUACUUAAGACGCUCUCAGCAGGAAGAGCGGGCCCGAGCAAUGUGCAAGGCAGUGUUCAGCGAGUCCGGGAAGGAGCCUCUAUGGGCGCCGAGUCCUUCCCAGCGAGGUGGUCGCAUCUACACCAUGCGUUUUGGCUGUGAUGGUGGCCGCGAUGGGUCCUUCACCAAGGGCUACGUGGACGUGCUCGACAUGAGCGUGCGGGUGGAGCAUUGA